AUGGAGUUAACUUUGUUUGGAAGAUUGCUUUGCACCAUUUGGCAAGCACCAUCAACACUGUGGCAACUGAUUCGUGGGGAACAGAAGCUACAACUUCCUUGUUUAAAAUUUCAAAGUCUAACAGGGAAGCUGAUUAUCCCAGCAGGGAUGAAGACACAACUGAGCGAAGCUGUUGGAGCAGUGUCAAAGCAGAAUCCUGAUGCAUCCUGUAACAAUGAGGAGUUACACUUGAGUUGGAUCGAGAAGGCAACAAGUUUUAGAGGAAGCACAAAUCUUUUUGAAGGAAGAUUUGCAGCACUGGUAGUAGAGCAAUGUGGCUAUUUCUUGAAGAACUGUUUUGGUACAUAUUUUAGAUUUGUCAAAGUUCAUUUUCAGGAGAGGUGUACUGUAAGACCAUCACAGGAAGCAAUUCCACUGUUCUAG